AUGGGCACCCUUGACGCCGCCGAGACGCCGCCGGAGAUGCGCUGGUGGGCCCGCAUCGAAGACGAGUGUCCGAUCACGCUGGAGCCGAUCAACACGAUGACCACGGCCCCGUUCUUUUUAGACGGCAGCUAUUUUGAUGCGGACAGCCUGCACGGCUACCUGAUCGAUACCGGGAGGCUGGAGAACCCCUGCACGCGCGCUCCAUUGUCGCGGGCCGUGUGCCGCGCGCUGGACGAACACGUGGGCGACGGCUCGCGACGCGUCGAGGCGCUGCACGCGCAGGAGUCGGCCGGCGCGGAUCGCGAGGCGGCCGUCGUCACGAAUGCGCUCCUCGACUACUACAGCCGGAAUCGCUCAAGUGGAGGCAUGCGAGUCGUCGACGACGACGAGGCGCCGUUCGUCCACGCCGAGGCUGACGCGGCGGAGGAGGCAUUCCCGUCGCUCGUGGACCGGCCGCCACCGCCGCCAAGGACCGUGCAAAAUGAGGGCUUCGCGGAUUUGGCGCGGCAGCGCGGCGAGGAAGACGCCGUCGCCGCGGCCCGGCGCUCCGCUGCCGCUGCCGUCGCGGCGGACCGGCGGCGCGCGGCGCGCGAGGCCGAGAAAGGCGCCCGGCGGAUCGCCGCCGAGGCCGCUCGCCGGGAAGCCGUCGCCGCGCGGACGGAGGCCGAGGCGCAACGAAGACGAGACGACGAACGCAAGCGGCGCGACGCGCUUGCAGAAGCUAGAGCUUGGGCCGCCGCGAAGAAGCGAUCCGACGCCGCCGCAGACGCCGCGCGCGACGCCGCCCGCGCCGAGGCGCGACGUGAAGCAUCAGCCGCCGCCGACGCCGUCGAUGCGGCCGCCGCGCGGCUGGCGGCGCUCGGCGCGGACCGCGACGCAGCUGAUGCCGCCAUACAGGCCGCUCUGGCCGCAGAGCGCCGCCGCGAGAAGAAGGCCCGCGAGCGGCAGCGGGCCAAAGAGAAAAAGAAGCGUCAGGCGGCCGAGAAGGCCCUGGCUGCGAAGGCCCAAAAAAAAGCAGAAGCUGCCGAGCGCCACGCCGAGGCCGUCCGCGCGGCCGCCGUGAGGUGUCCCGAGUGCGACACGGGCCUCCCGGGCAAAAUGACGGACUACUUCGAGAUGUGCGGGAUCUACUACUGCUCGACGGCGUGUGUGAAGGCGGCUCGGUUAGCCAAUGUUUAAGUUUAC